AUUUAAAUCAAAUUAACAAAUUUUAUAAGCGAGUUUUACCUUGUAAGAUACAACUGGUUGUAUGAUACACGAGCUAUGGAUAAUAUAAACCACAAGAAAUAAGUACAUUCCAAUUGUGCUAUACUUAAGAUUCAAGCUAUUGAACCCAUUUAUGUUAUUCAAAAAAUAUAACCCAUUUGCCAAUCCAACAGCAACUCCUCUCCUUGAUUCUCUCCCAAAAAAAUUGAUAUAAAAAAGAAAGAAGUAGAAGCAAUAAUUAAGAGAUUAUUAUAAGUUUCCAUGUACGUAAGUUCCUAUGAAUUGUGACCAUUCCUCACAUUACACUCCAUAAAUACUCACAUCUUAACCACUUCCUUAUUCCCAUUUCACUACUUCACCCCAUUCUUUCCUGUUUGUUUCCCUCUCAUUUUUCUCUGUCGAUCUUUUUCUUACACACACCCACCCGCGUAUAGGCUGAUAUUAAUGAGCAAUAUGAGGGUGUUUAAUGUGUUGUGUUUCGGCGUAAUUUCCUUGCUUUCAAUUUUUUCCUCCGUGAAUGGCAGAGUUCCAGGUGUUUACCAAGGUGGGCCGUGGACACCUGCUCAUGCUACCUUCUAUGGCGGCGAUGAUGCUUCUGGAACUAUGGGAGGAGCAUGUGGGUAUGGAAACUUAUACAGCGCAGGAUACGGAACAAGUACUGCAGCACUAAGCACAGCAUUGUUCAACAAAGGUUUAACAUGUGGUGCAUGCUUUGAGCUCAAGUGUAUUAAUGAUCCACAGUGGUGUAAUCCUGGCAACCCUUCCAUCAUUAUUACUGCCACCAAUUUUUGCCCUCCUAACUAUGCUCAGUCGAGCGAUGAUGGUGGCUGGUGCAACCCUCCUCGCGAGCAUUUUGACCUCGCCAUGCCUAUUUUCAGCAAGCUUGCCCAGUUCAAAGCCGGAAUCAUCCCUGUGAAUUACCGCCGGGUGCCAUGCAGGAAGUCGGGAGGAAUAAGAUUCACAAUGAACGGUUCACAAUACUUUAAUUUAGUAUUGAUCACAAAUGUUGCUGGAGCAGGAGAUGCCAUACGUGUAAGAGUGAAAGGUACAAAAACAGAUUGGUUAAGUAUGAGUCGUAAUUGGGGUCAAAAUUGGCAAUCCAACGUCGUUUUGGUUGGUCAAGCACUCUCCUUCCGAGUCACUACUAGUGACCAUCGUACCUCUACUACAUUGAACUUGGCACCAGCUAACUGGCAAUUUGGUCAAACUUACGUUGGCAAGAACUUCAAAGUACGCUAAUUGAUUAAUUAAUCCAUGAAUAUGAUUAAUCUCAUGGAUUAAUUAAUUACAUCUUUCUGAGCUUAAUUAUAUUAUAAUUAUUAUUCCAUAUGCAUGCAAUUCUUAGUUUAUUUCUCACCAUCUCUAAUUGUAUUCUCUUUAAUUUUCAUGAGAAAAAUAGAGUGGUGGAGAUAUAUAGGUGAUUUAUAGUAGCAUAUUAUAUAUUCAAUCACUUAUCUUGAGUGAGGGUUAAUUAGUUACUAUUGUCUGUCAAAAUGGUAACUAAAUAUGCUUGUUUUAUAGUGGCUGAAGCGGUUGCAAAUGACAAAAUCAAAACGUAACCCGCAGUUUACUCUUUUUAUUAUUAUUAUUAUUUUAUACUCCAUAUAUAAAACGUAUAAGUGUAUUGUAUUGUAUUUCAAUGUUUACUAGUGAUUAUUGUUAGUGUAUCAAAUAAAUAAAGUUGUUGUUCAUUGUUACUUCCUUUUAAACUGAAUGGUUAGUUUACCA